CAACAACAAACAAAAUACAAAGUCCUUUCACAUAUAUUAAAACCACUUCACCACCAACCCUUACACAAGAAACCUCUCUUCAACAAUGUCCUUUCAAAACCGCAGAUCAAGAAACCAUUUCUUAUUAUAUGCAAAAACAAUUUUUCUUUUUCUUCUUCUUGGAUUAUGCAAUGGAGCAAGAACAAGUAAGAACAACGUCUUCAACUCUAAAUCACACAAAGAAGUUCACCACGUCGUUUCAUCUUCGUCUCAACAGUUUUUGGGAUUCUUACCACGUCACUUCCCAAUUCCAGCUUCUGGUCCCUCUAAAAAACACAAUGAUAUUGGUUUACUUAGUUGUGAUCGAUCUUCUCCGUGAAAAGCUUUUAAAGGUCAUCAUGAAUUCCUUUUUAUUUUCUUUUAAUUAUUUCUCUAUUUUUUAUAUAGUAUAGUUUCUUGUGUAAAUGGGGUUUUUUAUUUUUGGUUUGUGAUGCCAAGAAAAUGGAGUUUUGGUUUGAUUCUUGUCAACGAGGCAAAACAGAUAUAAUCUCUUAUCUAUGGUUAAUCUGUAACUAGAAGUUGUAAUUCUGUUUUUGGAUGACUCGUAUUUGUAAUGUUGCAUGCAUUAAAGUAUAAUAGCG